AAGGUCUUGAAAGAGCGGCUGCGGUGUAGAAAAAGAAACUUGAAAAUGCUGUCAAGACUCUUUCGAAUGCAUGGCCUUUUUGUAGCCUCUCAUCCAUGGGAAGUCAUUGUGGGGACUGUGACUCUCACCAUCUGUAUGAUGUCCAUGAAGAUGUUCACUGGCAAUGAUAAGAUCUGUGGCUGGAAUUAUGAAUGCCCAAAACUUGAAGAAGACGUUCUGAGCAGUGACAUCAUAAUCCUGACAAUCACGCGCUGUAUAGCAAUCCUUUAUAUAUACUUCCAGUUUCAGAAUCUAAGGCAGCUUGGAUCAAAAUAUAUUUUGGGUAUUGCUGGCCUCUUCACAAUCUUCUCAAGUUUUGUUUUCAGUACAGUGGUGAUUCACUUCCUAGAUAAAGAAUUGACAGGCUUGAAUGAAGCGUUACCAUUUUUCCUGCUUCUGAUUGACCUUUCCAGAGCCAGUGCAUUAGCCAAAUUUGCACUCAGUUCCAACUCACAGGAUGAAGUAAGAGAAAAUAUUUCACGGGGAAUGGCAAUUCUAGGUCCUACAUUUACGCUUGAUGCCCUUGUUGAGUGUCUUGUGAUUGGUGUUGGUACUAUGUCAGGAGUGCGACAGCUUGAAAUCAUGUGCUGCUUUGGCUGCAUGUCUGUUCUUGCCAACUACUUUGUCUUCCUGACUUUCUUUCCAGCAUGUGUCUCCUUGGUAUUAGAGCUUUCUCGUGAAAGUCGUGAGGGGCGUCCCAUAUGGCAACUUAGUCAUUUUGCCCGUGUUUUAGAAGAAGAAGAAAACAAACCAAAUCCUGUAACUCAGAGGGUUAAAAUGAUUAUGUCUCUAGGUCUGGUUCUUGUUCAUGCUCACAGUCGCUGGAUAGCAGAACCAUCUGCUCAAAACAGUACAGCAGAAAAUUCAGUGGGAAUGGAUGAAAAUGCACCAAAGAGAAUUGAACCUAAUGUUUCUCUAUGGCAAUUUUAUCUUUCUAGAAUGGCCAGUUUGGACAUUGAGCAAGUAAUCACUCUUGGUUUAGCUCUUCUUCUUGCUGUGAAAUACAUCUUCUUUGAACAGACAGAGACGGAGUCCACGCUCUCACUGAAGAACCCCAUAACCUCUCCCUUGAUAGUUCAGAAAAAGAUUCCUGAUAACUGCUGCAGAAAACAAUCUGUACUUGUAAAAAAUCAUCAGAAAUCCAGCACAGUAGAAGAGGCUGUAAUUUCCAGAGAGAGAAAAGUUGAAGUAAUAAAACCUGCAUUAGCAGAGCCAUCAGCCAAGGCUACAUUUGUGGUUGGUAGUUGCAUCCCUAUGGAAACUUCUUCUCUCCUUAAUAGAAAGGAGCCUGAAAUUGAAUUGCCCAAAGAGCCACGCUCCACUGAAGAAUGUUUAUGUAUACUUGGAAAUGCAGAGAGAGGUGCAAAAUUCCUCACUGAUGCAGAAGUCAUCAACCUAGUCAGUGCUAAGCAUAUUCCUGCUUACAAAUUGGAAACUUUGAUGGAAACUCAGGAACGUGGUGUAUCUAUUCGCAGACAGAUGUUAUCUCAGAAGCUCCCUGAACCUUCAGCCCUACAAUAUCUUCCUUACAGGCAUUACAAUUAUUCUUUGGUAAUGGGAGCUUGCUGUGAAAAUGUGAUUGGAUACAUGCCCAUCCCUGUAGGUGUAGCUGGGCCACUUUUCCUGGAUAGCAAAGAGUUUCAAGUUCCAAUGGCAACAACAGAAGGCUGUCUGGUAGCAAGCACAAACAGAGGGUGCAGAGCAAUACGUCUUGGUGGAGGAGCCAAUAGCCGUAUUCUAGCAGAUGGGAUGACUCGAGGACCAGUUGUAAGAUUACCCUCUGCCUGCCAGGCUGCAGAAGUGAAGGCUUGGCUUGAAAACUCUGAAGGGUUUAAAAUAGUCAAAGAUGCAUUUGACAGCACAAGUAGGUUUGCUCGUCUGCAAAAGCUUCACAUCAGUCUGGCUGGUCGUAACCUUUAUAUCCGUUUUCAGUCUGAAACAGGGGAUGCAAUGGGAAUGAACAUGAUCUCAAAAGGUACCGAAAAGGCACUUGCGAGACUGCAAGAAGAGUUUCCUGAUCUCCAGGUUCUAGCUAUUAGUGGUAACUAUUGUACAGACAAAAAGCCUGCUGCCAUAAAUUGGAUAGAAGGCAGAGGGAAGUCUGUUGUCUGCGAAGCAGUCAUUCCAGCCAAGGUGGUCAGAGAAGUAUUGAAGACUACUACAGAAGCUAUGGUUGAGGUGAAUAUAAACAAAAAUUUGGUGGGCUCUGCGAUGGCUGGUAGCAUAGGUGGCUAUAACGCCCACGCAGCAAACAUUGUCACAGCUAUCUACAUUGCUUGUGGACAGGAUGCAGCACAGAAUGUGGGCAGCUCUAACUGCAUCACUCUGAUGGAGUCAACAGGUCCCACAAAUGAAGAUCUGUAUAUCAGCUGCACAAUGCCCUCUAUAGAAAUUGGAACAGUUGGUGGAGGGACCAACUUGCUACCACAGCAAGCCUGUUUGCAGAUGUUAGGGGUCCAGGGUGCAAGUCAAGACAAUCCUGGUGAAAAUGCACGUCAGCUUGCUAAAAUUGUAUGUGCUACAGUAAUGGCAGGGGAAUUAUCAUUAAUGGCAGCACUGGCAGCUGGACAUCUAGUCAAAAGCCACAUGAUUCACAAUAGGUCAAAAAUAAAUCUACGAGAUCUUCAAGGAACCUGCACCGAGAAAGCAGCUUGA